AAGGUAAGGUAAGGUAAGUAAGGUAGGUUAGGAUUGCCUUCACUGCUGAUACAGUACCUACAGUUAAUCGUCGCUUCCAGACCUGCACGCCCAGCAAGGGUACCGCCCAGUAUCCGUACCUCGCGGAAUCUAUGCAAUAUGUCAACUGAGAGGAAAGGAGGUAACGUAGCCAUACACGAAAUAUCUACGUACCCAGGAGUAAGGUGUCGUCUCCGUACGUACCUUUCUACCGUACAGACCAGAGCAAGGUCGUCGACACCAACCGGGUGGCACCCACAUCGUCUUCCCUCGCACUGCAUCUGCAUUGCAUGGCUCCUCAAUACCACGUUGAUCUCGGACUGGGCUGCGUUUGUUCUUUUGUCAUUCUCGGACUCGGAGGAUGACACGCCCUUGACGCAGCAUCACUUGGUUCUGUGCCCCAUCCUCCCGCGGAAGACCUCUGAGAGGCGCGUGGGCGUCGCGCAGCCAUCGACAGGACACCCUCAAGGCCAGAAGAGCAAGCGACGAUAUCGUCAUCGUCAUUGUCUAUUCGUCAGGAUACAGAGAAACCGAGCUCCAACGACUAUCCGCGGUAUGCCGCCGCCCGCCCGCCCGUCUAUUCCUUCUCGCCCUGGCGGGCCGUUCCAAGCCUCAAGUUCUCAGAAGCAAGAACUCAUUUCAGCUCAAACGAGAUUUGUGCAUCUCCAAUUCGACCUUAUUUUGAUGCCUAAAGGCAGGCUUGUCGCGAUCAACCCUCCAACCCCAACCUCUUUCCUUAAUCAGAUGGACUCGAUAGACGUUAGACCCGACAUCGUUAGGGACGCCUACGGCCUACCAACGUCUUCCCUACAAGUUAGGACCCGUCCUAUUUCCAUCGCGGCUGUGUCGAACAUGGGGGGAGGGGUGAAGGCGGGGGCAGCUAGACCACACACCACACCACGGUGACCACACACCACCAGCAUUUUCCCUUUCUCCAAUAAGUACGUACCUUGCCU